AUGAGGACUAACGCGCUGAGCUUUUUCCUCGCGCUCCUCCUGCGCGCCUCCCUCUGCACGCCUUCCCCGAGAGCGAGCCGGACGGAGAGCACGAGCUGUUCAUCCUCGAGCUUCUCGACGCUGGACAGCUCUCGCGUCUCCACAGUGCGCGCGCAGAAGCAAGGAGGUACGACCUUGCGCGCGAGAUUCCCGGCCGGAUUUGGCGCAGCAGUGGCGCGCCGGUGGUCCGAGUGGCGGGAGCGCGCAGGGAAGGCGCGAGUGGUCAGGCUGGAAGCGGGCUGCGGCAGGACCACCAAUCGCCUGGCCACUCUCGAGGACGGCAGCAGAGCGUGCGUGCGCUAUGGUGUGGACCAGGACCAGGUGCUGGGGGAGACCCUUUGCUACUAUCUGGCCACAAUGCUUGGAAUCCCAAAUGUGCCUCCGCUGGUGCUGACCAAGCCAGACCCUUUUGGUCAGCAGUGGUCAGCUGCUAGAGACAGUAUAGAAGCCCUGAAUUGGUCAUCGGAUGCUAUUGUGUCCCUCACGCAGUGGGUGCCCAAUGCCACCCGAGUGUCCAUCCCAGUUCAGUUCCUGAGGAGAUUGGGGAAGGGUGUGCUUCCUGCACCUUUGACUAUGGAUAAUAUGACCUCAAGUGACCUGAGGGAGUUCAAGCAAUGGACUGACCUCAUCCUAUUUGAUUAUUUGACAGCAAAUUUUGACAGAGUCGCCAGCCACCUGUUCAAUCUGCAAUGGGACAGGCGUGCCAUGGACAGGCCGACCAAUAACCUGCUUAGGACAACCAAGGGAGACUUGGUGUUCAUUGAUAAUGAGGCUGGCCUUGUCCACGGCUACAGGGUGCUUGACCGCUGGGAGUAUCUCCACCAAACGCUCCUCGACUCCACCUGCAUGUUUCGGGAGAGCACCGUCCAGCGCCUAACAGAGCUGAAGCGCUGCAGGAGUGCGGCCCAGCGUCUGCGUCAGGUGUACCAAACCAGGGAACCACUUGCUCUGGAAUUAGGAUUUCUGUCCGAGGCUCAAAUGGUAACUUUGCAGAACAGAGUGGACGCACUGUAUAGACAUUUUCAACAGUGCGCCAGAGUGGCUUAA